UCAAACCACAAGUACUUUGGCAGAAGGAUAUUAGUAGGAGUCAUGAAUCCCUUGUUUAAUAUGCUGCGCGGCGCCUCUGCACUGGCUAUGGUGUUCAUGGUGUCCGCGGCGAAGCUGCCAGGCUACAGUACCGGAGGCGACCCUGGCUUGGGCGUCGCGCUCGGCGGAGCGGGAGGCCACGGCGGCGUCGGAGGCGGGGCCGGAAGCGGCAACGUUUUCCAGGCAGUUCUAGUCGGUAGCGGACACCUCCAUGCUAGUGCUCUUGGAGGCGCUGCAGGAGGCCUCGCCGGAGGUGCCGCAGGAGGCUUCGCCGGAGGUGCCGCAGGAGGCUUUGCCGGAGGUGCCGCAGGAGGCUUCGCCGGAGGUGCUGCUGGAGGCUUCGCUGGAGGCGCUGCAGGAGGUGCUGUUGGACCUGUUGUGGAAGAGGAGUACACUGGCCCAGGCAUCGGCGGUGUUGCCGUUUCGCCAGUCGUUGACGUUUUCCCCGUCGAGGAUGAAUUCAUCGGGUCGGGCAUCGACGGAGCUCACGUCUCUCCUGUUGUCACCAUCGAGGAGGAGUACAGCGAGCCAAGCAUCAGCGCCGGACCCUUCAUCUCUGUCGACCCCGCCCCCCCAUCGGAGCCUGUCGUCCCUGUCCCGACUCUUGUCACCGUUGAUGAAUUCGCCCACGUCAGCCCCCCUGCUGGCGAAUACGGUUCGCCAAGCUUCUGAAGCUGAAACUGAGGAACUAUUUAAGAUUUGUAAAGUGGGAAGCAAAUCAUUUUAUUUAUUGUAUAUUCCUUGUGAAACUAGAGAAUGAAUCAUAAUAUAAAUUAUGACUAUG